CUUUUCCGGUGUCGUCUCCAUAGCGACGCGUCCUGGCUCCUAGAGGCACCAACAGAACCGCCGGGGCGCCGGCUGCUUCGGGGCGCCGGCUGCUUCGGGGCGCCGGCUGCUUCGGGGGUCGGGAUCCGCACUUCGCGGCUCGGAGGCUCCCCGGCCGGGUCUUCGGGGAGCGAGCAGCCGCCGCCGCGAUGGAGCACAGGACGCGCAGGCAGCCGCCGAUGGACAGGACGGCGGACCCGGAGAUGCAGAAGGUGUACCAGCAGCUCUUGCGGCCGCUCUCGCUGUUCCCGGAGGGCAUACAGCUCCCGACGACCCCCGAGCCGCUGCCCCCCUCCCAGAUGAAGCGCGAGGCCCGCGUGGGCCGCGACGCCUACUUCCUGGAGCAGCUGUCUCCGGGCUCCCUGUGCCUGCUGGUGUCGGACCGGCUGUUCCGCGUGGGGCUCACGCGCGAAGUGCCCCUCGAGCACCGGCAGCAGCUGCUGGACGUGAUCCUGUCGGAGCUGCGGUACGGCUGGCAGAUGCCGCCCCCCGAGCCGAGCCUCAGCCCGCGGGACCAGCAGAACCUGCGCCAGCGCGUGGAGACGCACGUGGUGCUGGCCUCGGAGCAGCUCUUCGCGCACUACCUGCACCUGCUCAUCACCCUGACGAGGCCCCAGACGGAGUCCGUGCUCACCGACUCCGCCACGCUCACCCGCCUGUCGGCCUACCUGGCCGUGGACUGCUCCCGCUUCCUCACCAGCCCCCAGGUCUACCGCAGCCUCGUGAACGACUUCAUCGACCUGCAGGGGCUCCGCCCCUUCCACAUGGGGCCCGCCAAGCCCGAGGACUUCCGCAAGCAGGCCCUGUUUCCCCAGCAAACCUUCGGCGCCUUCCAGGCCUCCCGGCUCUGCCCGCUGCCCUGGCCGCACAGCACGGGCUUCUCGGAGAUCCCCUGCUCCGCCCUGAACAUGAGCUACCUGAUUUCCCUGAGCCGCCCCGCGUACCUCUCGGUGAGGCCUUGCCCCGACGCCUUGAAGGGGCUGCGAUCCAUCCCGGACCUGGACCUGAAAAAGUACCUGCGCUGGCUGCCCACUCUGACCCCCAGGUCCUCCAAGUACGAGGAGCCUUUUGCCCAGAGGAUCCACCCCUCAGAGGCUUUGAACUUGGAGCAGGGCCUGGAGAUGGGGACUUUUCUGCAGCUGCACAUCCCCAGGAAGUGCUGCUCUUUGCCCAACAUGAGAGAAGGUCGGAAGCUUUCAGACGAACUGGGCUUAGGUCCUUUAUCCCCUCGAACUCUAACCCCGCUGAUCCUCGGCCUGGAGUCAGGAACAGAGUCCUUCAAAGGCACGCCUUCGGAGGACCUCAAGCACAUGACGAAAACCCUCAUAGUGGAACGGUCCAAGAAACCCCUGAAGAGCUCGGCCCUCCCCCCUCUCCUCGGGGCCUUAACCCGACUCCCCAACGGCUACCUCCGAAUGGAAGAGCUGCAGAGAGUACUGAAGACUCUCCAAGAAGAAGACGACUCCGGAAAAUGGGACUACAAGCCCAUCAUAAAAUUCUCAGCCACUGAGCACGCACAGCCAGCCACUGUGGCCGUGCGGUGGAAAGAUCAGACCAUUCUGAAGGCCGCGGCGCCCAGAGUGUCAGAUCGGGCCUUCCGGGACAGCUUCUACCUGAAGGAGGAAAGCGUUCUCUAUAACCACCUGUCUGGCGAACUGGACGGCAAAACCGUGGAAGACCUGGACAACAUCCUCUUUGCUGGGGCUGGGAUCCAGGAGAUCUACAAGGAGCUUUUGAGUCGCGUCUCUGCCGACUAUCUGCAGUUUGACCGGGGGCCCCUCGUGGAGCCCACUUCCGACCAGGACUGGACCAGAUACGUGAUGUCAGGCUUUCUGAACACAGAUCCCAACAUGCGCAUCAUCAACCCUGCCCUGGACGGCAUCGGAAAGCACAGAUUACCUUCUUUAGCCUACGAUAGGUUUGCCCCACUGCUGUGUCCCAAGGUGCCCAAGCGGUGGUUCAGAAACAAGUCUUCCUGGCUGCGCUGGUGGAGAGCCACCCUGACCACAGAUGACUACUUUCUGUACCUGGCCACCCAGGAAUGUGACUUUCUCCAUGUGAUCUUCCACAUGUACCCAGAAGAUGAACCUGUGCAGGCUCCUGUCAUCACCAAAGACACCCUACAGCUCCCACCUGUGCCUCCACUGGGGCAGGAGGAGGAUGUCGGGGAGUUUGUGUCAGGGUUCUGGGAUGCCAACUCGGUCCUAGAGUACGGCCUGGGAGCCGAGGGCACCAGAUCCCUAGGGGACUACAAGGAAGGGAAGCAACUUCAGAGGCGACUCGAGAGGAUCUGGGCAAUCCUGCAGGUGCCGGACAAGGACCGGUUGGACAUGGCCAUCAAGUACAGCACCAAUGCCCGCUUGGGGCAGCUCCCUGCCCUGGUGGGUGCCUGGGAGAAGGCCUUGCAGCCCAUCCAGGAGCGGGAGAUCUUGUUAGCACAGCUGGAACGCUUUGAGCAAGAAGCCUCUGACCCCAACCGCUUCUUCCUGAAGGUCGAUUAUGACCUUUGGCGCUUGGAAAAAGAGUCCCAUAUUCGCAGCAGCUUACAUCAGAGGAUUAAAGCAGUGGAGACCUUACUGGCCAAGCUCCUGCACAAUAUCCAGAUCACCUUUGGAGACUCGGUGACCUACAAGGGGCGGUGCUAUCUGGAGAAGAUGAAGAAGGACAAAGUGGAGAUGUUGUACUGGCUGCAGCAGGAAAGGCGGGCCAAGAACCUGCUCCAUGUCCAAAAGAGCUCCCGACUGCCUUCCCUUCUCCCCAAAGUCACAGGAAACCCAGAAAACGGUUUCAUUGCCUCUCACCCAAAUAGCUAAACGGCAAAUAUUACCCCCUUCCCCAGUCCCCAGAUGGGUCAGCCGGGUGCUAGAACAUCUCAGAAAUCCAGGCCCACUGGGGUGGGUUAGGAACAAAUCUCUUCUAGUUGGAGAUCUUAGUCGAGUUCAUAUUUUAUUAUAACAGUAUAGCUGUAGGAUGAAAAUUGCCACUCUGAAGGCCCCAGGUUGGCCAGCUAAUUUCAAGUCCCGUUCAAUCGAUAUAGCCGAGCUCUGGUAUGUCGAGAUAACUGCGUCUGAACGUUCAAGUGAUUGGUAGGUAGAACGCUUGAACAUCUCAUUCUGCUCCAGUUCUGAAGGAUGCUUGGUCCCUGAAGAGGAAUAAGAGUCUCUCUCAGGUCUGGCUUAAUCAACAGAGAAGGCAAAAGCUGAUGCACUGUGGCUUCCCCACCCCCCCCCACCCCAUCUCCAGACUGUUGUUGACAGCUGACGCCCCCGAUGGGAGUUGAAUUUCUUUCCCUGGGCUUCACCACACAAACACCAUCGACCCUUUGCUGGGACUAGGUUUUGAAAGGGGAGAAUCUGGGCAUUGUCCUGGUUAUCAGGGGGCAGGCAGCAUGAAGGUCCUGAGUAGGAUGAUGGGAUAAAAAGGCCAAGACCGUACCUCGCCGGCUUUUACAGUUUUGUCCAAGGUAUAGAUCCUGAACUUGGUCCUCAAAGGCUAAAGUCUAGUAGAGGAAUCUUUCCCAGAUCAGAUCCCAUGGUUUUCCCACUUCUGUCCCAUGGCCAAGUUUAGAGAACAUUCUACAAGUCAGGUUAUGAUACUCGCCAAAUACACACCUACUAGGGACCCUGUGGCUCAGCCGCAGGGAAUUGGAUUCGUUGUUUUUUUUUUUUUUUU